AGUAGGGCAUUUUUCUGCGCCGGGCCGCCUCUGCCUUCAAAAGAUACCAGGAGCCACCGGAUCUUUCAUUCACUCUCCACUUUUUAGCUAUAAAGUCAUACCCACCUCGUUGUUUCCGCUUGCCAAGCUCAUAAGCCUACCUGCCCAACUCAACUCUCAUAUUUGAUCCUCUCCUGUUCAGGGUAAAUAUGGCAACUGUGACUGUUCCCUCCCAAUGCAUGGUCAAAAUUGCACCCAAAAAUCAGUUUGCAAGCACCAUAAUCAAGAAUCCGUGUUCACUGGGAUCAGUAAGGAGCAUCUCCAAGUCUUUUCGCUUGAAAUGCUCCCAAAAUUUUAAAGCAUCAAUGGCAGUGUACAAAAUCAAGCUAAUUGGGCCAGAAGGUGAAGAGCAAGAAUUUGAUGCAGCUGAUGAUACAUACAUCCUAGAUGCAGCUGAGAAUGCUGGAGUUGAGCUGCCGUAUUCUUGCAGGGCUGGGGCUUGCUCUACUUGUGCCGGGAAGAUGGUGUCAGGUUCAGUCGACCAGUCUGAUGGUUCCUUCCUGGAUGAGACUCAAAUGAAGGAGGGUUAUCUACUGACUUGCAUUUCAUACCCGACUUCUGAUUGUGUGAUUUACACUCACCAGGAGAGUGAACUUUGCUGAGUAGUCUGUCAUAGUUCAGUAGAUUAUGAAGUUUAAGUAAACCUGUUAAAAGGAUUCGUCUGAUGAUGAAGGUACUUUUGGACCUUUGGUUCUUUUUUAAGUGGCUUUAUAAUCAGUAUGUUGGUGAUAUUCACCCAUCCAGUUUGUACUGGUAAUUCUGUUGCCUAAAUUUAUAAGCUUUGGUUUAUGAAAUGUGACCAUUUUCAAACCA